AUGAAGAUCAAUAUCUCGUCGUUACGGAACGUUGUAGCGUUGGCGGGGUUUGCUCGCGCGCAAUUUCAAGACUUCUUCAACAUUACAGAAUUUCCAAAGGAGCAGAAAGACAACGUCACGAGAUGGAUGAACGAUGCACGCACGCUUGCAGGCCCAGACCUUUACGCGUACUUUGCACACCGCUGCAUUCUCGGCCAAGUCUACCCUGAACUUUCCUCCGCUACACAGAUACCAGGGUUCAUUGCCCCUCACGAGGUCUUUGACCGAUUAUACUAUAUUGGACAGAGCGCUGUCUCAGCAUGGGCUUACGAUACUGGCGAUGGUCUCAUAGUCUUCGAUGCGCUCAACAACGCUGUCGAGGCUGAGGGCAUUCUGAUACCCUCUCUCGAGAAACUUGGAUUUAGUGCCAGCGACAUCAAACAUCUCGUUAUCACCCACGAACAUUUUGAUCAUUACGGAGGGGCCCGAUGGCUCCAAGACAACUUUUCCUUCGCUACAUAUGCCUCAGCUGCGGCUUGGGAAACUCUAUCGCAAACUCAGGACGGACCGAUCAAGGACAAAACCAUCUCAGAUGGUGACCAACUGACCAUUGGCAAUAUCACGUUCAACUUCUUUGUGACACCAGGUCAUACGCCAGGCACUGUGUCAUCGAUCUUUGAGGUGUCUGAUAAGGGUGCAAAGCAUGUCGCUGGGUUUUAUGGCGGUGUUGGUAUUCCAAGCAGUGCGUCAGCCAAAGACCAGCAAAUCGUGUCUUUGAACCGGUUUGCGGACCUAGCAAAGGAGGCGGGCGUGGAUACACUUAUUGCCAGUCACCAGAACCAAGACCGAGCGCUUUAUCACUUCGAUCUCCUAGAUCACAGACCAGACGGCACUGAACACCCAUUUGUGAUCGGCACAGACGCCUUCAAUCGAUAUCUGAAAGUGAAUGGACAGUGCGUGAGGGUUAAGGCUGCUAGAGAUGGGCAAUUUCUGCAAAUCUAG